AUUUUGUUCGUGGUGUCUUUAUUAUAGAAACAAUUCUAGGUUUGAGAUAAUUUCUUGUAAAUUUUCUGUACAAAAUAUGUUGACAUGAGUCGUGUUGGUUUUUGAAGAUAUAUUUCACAAGGAUAACAUAGUCGAGAUAAGGAACGUAGAAAAUUGUCAAAACAAUAAAGAUGUUGAAUUCAAAUUUUUUCGGAUCAUUAAAUAUAUAUAUUGGUCGCUCUCCCUUGUAACUUCUCUACUUUUUAUGCUUGCUAAGGCAAUCAAUAAGGCAUCAAAUGACAAUAUGGAAGAAGAAGAAAAGUGCACUAACGCUAGCUACGCUACACACACAACAAAAGUUCCAAAACUUAUCUCCCACUAUACAAACCCCACUAAACAAGGAAAAUUCUUCCCUCUCAUGCAUAAAAGAAAAUAAAAACUAAAAGAAAGAAAAAAUUCCCAUGUAACCUCUACCAUAUAACCACACAUAUAGCUAAGCUCAAAAUAUAUACACUCCAAUUAUCCCACCAUCUCUCACACUGUUCAAAUCACAAAUGGAGGAACUCUUCUUCUCUUCUCCUCAUGCAUUGCUAAUAAUCCUCACAACAUCCUUCCUCCUCCUCCCCUCCAUCUCCUCCCAAGCUUGCCAAAAGACCUGUGGUGACAUCCCGCUUCGUUACCCUUUCGGUAGCGGCAGCGGGUGCGGUGACUCACGAUUCCACCCUUCCAUCACUUGCAAUGAUCAUCAACAACUAAUCUUCACAACUCACACUGGCUGCUACCCCAUCUCCAACAUAGAUUACACCAACCAAGUCUUCUACAUCUCCGACCCGACCAUGUCGACCUGCGCUUGCAACCAACCGAGCAAAGGGUUCGGCCUCGAUUGGGAUGCUCCUUUCACCUUCCACGGCGACACCAUCUUUGCUCUACUCGACUGCUCAAGCUCCUCCCCUGUUUACUCCCCAACCGGUAUGUUCAACGACCGAAACAACAACAACUCGUCUCGAGUGUCGCUUUGCGAUAGCAGCCGUGGAAUGCCGAUUUGUGGAUUCUUGUAUGGGUGUAAGCCAAUAGUGAGCCUUAAUAUUCCAAUAUCAGGGUGUUGUGUUUAUACACCUGUGAAUUUUGGGCCUUCUUUUGAGAUGGAUUUGGAGAAGCUUAAGUGUGGUUCUUAUUCUGGGUUUUAUAGCUUUAAUGGAAGAGAAUCAGACGCUGAGAGCUGGAAAUAUGGAAUUGCUAUUAAGUAUAAGUUUGCAAUCGACAAUGUUUAUCCAAGUUGGUGUUCGAGUUGUGAACAGAGUGGUGGGGUUUGUGGGUAUUCAGGUCCCGUUGAUUCAUUUAUAUGUAAUUGUCCUCCUGGAUUUAACACAACUACUAAUUGUUUCUUUGGAGCUUCUUUCAAUGGCGUUUCUAAGCUUCUUCCAAACCAACUUCCAUGGAUUUGUGUGAUUAUUUUCUCAGGAUGGCUAUUGGUUUGGUCUUCUUCUACGUUUUAGCAAAUAACUUCGAGCCAUUUACAUCAGCCAUUGAAGUAUUUGGACGGAGAAAAUGUAGCUUUAAUUUCUUCUUUUGUUACGUGGGAAGUCGAACUUCUAACUUUCAACAUUACAACGAGUAGUGGUACAUCAAUCAUCAUGUUGAUUUAAUUUAAGUAUGAUUGUUUGUGUUUUCAAAUAAAAUCAAAUUUGGUGUUGAAA